AUGCUUCAAUGCUUCUGUAACAGGUACUCACGAUGCACUCCGGAAGCGACCCAGGUGUUGACGUACAGCUGCGUCCGCUCAGGCCGCCGCGGCCUCCACCGGAGUCUGGUCCUUAGGGGCGUUGAAGACGUGUCAUCGCCCACAUUCCCGGACUCGGUCUCUUCAGGGGAUGCUAAAUUGUUAAAAAAAGAAGGGGACCCAGUCGCCAUGGACGAGGUGGUGAUGGAGAUAGAGACAGACAAGACAGCCAUCCCCAUCAUGUCACCAGGACACGGCAAGAUCGUCAAGUUCUAUAUCAAGAACGGUGACCCUGUCAAACCACAGAUGAAGGUCUUUCAGGUGGAUAUAACAGGUGUAGCGCCAGCAGCGGCUGCGCCGGCGCCGGCCGCUGCGCCCGCGCCUGCGCCCGCCGCCGCCCCUGCCGCCGCGCCUGCGCCCGCUGCCGCACCCCGUCCCGCUCCCGCCGCCGCUGCGCCCGCUGGCCCCACUGCUGUCGUGACCAAAAAGGCGAAAGCACCUGCCGGACCCACAGAAGCGGCAUUGAGAAUAACAGACCCUACAAAGUCGAUCUCAGGAACCCGCACAGAGUUCCCGGUGCCGAUGAACAAGAUGCGCAAACGCAUCGCAGAGCGACUGAAGGAGGCGCAGAACACCACGGCCAUGCUUACAACGUACAACGAAUGCGAUAUGAGCAAAUUGAUGGCAUUCAGGAAAGCGAACUUGGAAGCAUUCGUGAAGAAGUAUGGAGUGAAGCUAUCAUUUAUGUCACCAUUUCUGAAAGCCGCUGCAAACGCAUUGAAAGACCAGCCAGUUGUAAACGGAGUCAUUGUCGGGGACAAUGUCAUAUACAGGGACUACGUGGACAUAUCUGUGGCAGUAGCGACACCGAAAGGGCUGCUGGUGCCGAUACUCCGAAACGUGGACUCCCUUGAUUACCCUGGCAUUGAACUUGGACUGAGCGCACUCGCAGAAAAGGCGAGGAAAGGAAAAUUAACUCCAGGCGACAUGCAGGGUGGAACGUUCACGAUUAGCAACGGUGGGGUCUUCGGCUCGCUAAUGUCCAUGCCUAUCAUCAAUUUACCACAAUCCGCCAUUCUGGGCAUGCAUUCUAUCGUGCAGAGGCCUGUCGCUAUCGCUGGCAAGGUGGAAAUAAGGCCAAUGAUGUACCUAGCAUUGACGUAUGACCACAGACUCAUAGACGGCCGCGAAGCAGUGCUGUUUCUAAGAAAAGUGAAGUCCGGUGUAGAAGAUCCUACAUCUAUCCUAGCUGGCGUAUGA